GGGACAGAGCCGUUUCAUAGAAGACAGGAGGUCUUGGAGGACUCGCUGUUCCUGAGAGAAGGAUGCUACAGCUGAGCCUGUCCUGGCUGGGACUGGGGCCUGUGGCUGCCUCCUCAUGGCAUCUCCUGUUGCUGAGUGGGGCCUCCUGGAUUCUGGCCCGAAUUCUAGCCUGGAUCUAUAUCUUCUAUGACAAUUGCUGCCGCCUUCGUUGCUUCCCUCAGCCCCCUAAACUGAACUGGUUUUGGGGUCAUUUGGCCAUGAUGAAGAGCAACGAGGAAGGCAUGCAGCUUGCAGCACGAUUGGGCCACAUCUUCCGUGAUGUCCACCUCUGUUGGUUUGGACCUGUCUACCCGGUCCUGCGGCUCAUCCACCCAAAGUUCAUUGCUCCCCUGCUCCAGGCCUCAGCUGCUGUGGCACCCAAAGACAUGACUCUCUAUGGUUUCCUGAGGCCCUGGCUUGGGGACGGACUCCUGCUGAGUGCUGGUAACAAGUGGAGCCACCACCGACACCUGCUGACACCUGCCUUCCACUUUGACAUCCUGAAGCCCUAUGUGAAGAUUUUUAACAAGAGUGUGAAUACCAUGCAUGCCAAAUGGCAGCGCCUGACCGCCAAGGGCAGCGCCCGUCUGGACAUGUUCGAACACAUCAGCCUCAUGACGUUGGACAGUCUGCAGAAAUGUAUCUUCAGCUUCGAUAGCAACUGUCAGGAGUCUCCCAGCGAAUACAUUGCUGCCAUUUUGGAGCUCAGCUCUCUCAUAAUAAAACGGCACCGCCAGCUCUUCCUGUAUAUGGACUUCCUGUACUACCUCACUGCUGAUGGGCGGCGCUUCCGCAAGGCCUGUGACGUGGUGCACAACUUCACAGAUGCUGUCAUUAGGGAGAGACGCCGUAUCCUCAAUACCCAGGGUGUUGAUGAAUUCGUGAAGGCCAAAGCUAAGUCCAAGACUUUAGAUUUCAUCGAUGUGCUCUUGUUGGCCAAGGAUGAACAUGGAAAGGAGCUGCCAAAUGAGGAUAUUCGGGCAGAGGCUGACACUUUCAUGUUUGGAGGCCAUGACACCACAGCCAGUGGGCUCUCCUGGGUCCUGUACAACCUGGCGAGGCACCCGGAAUACCAGGAACGCUGCCGGCAGGAGGUGCGGGAGCUGCUGAGGGGCCGAGAGCCUGAGGAGAUUGAAUGGGAUGACCUGGCCCAGCUGCCCUUCCUGACCAUGUGCAUCAAGGAGAGUCUGCGGUUGCAUCCCCCAGUCACAAUGAUCUCCCGCUGCUGCACCCAGGACGUUGUGCUCCCAGAUGGCCGGGUCAUCCCGAAAGGGAAUGUCUGUGUCAUCAGCAUCUUUGGAGUUCACCACAACCCUUCAGUCUGGCCAGACCCUGAGGUCUACAACCCCUUCAGAUUUGACCCAGAAACCCCACAGAAGAGGUCUCCUCUGGCUUUUAUUCCCUUCUCAGCAGGGCCCAGGAACUGCAUAGGACAGACUUUCGCCAUGAACGAGAUGAAGGUGGCGCUGGCGCUCACCCUGCUGCGCUUCCGCGUCCUGCCGGACCACAAGGAGCCGCGCCGGAAGCCGGAGCUGAUCCUGCGCGCAGAGGGCGGGCUGUGGCUGCGGGUGGAGCCGCUGAGCACGGAUGCACAGUGAUCCCCCUAGAUCUGGCCUGGGACCACACCCACCCGCCCGCCCACCACAGGGCCUGGAGUUCAAGCCUAGACUUUAUCCUGUGAGAUCCACCAUAGGUGUUUUGAGUAGGAGAGGGGAGCAAGCUUUCCAGUAGAACUGAGUCUUUGUGGUCAUUGAGGCAAACCUUGAGAUUCACUUCAUUUCCACCUUUAUUCUCUGUGGUCAGACUUAGAGUGAUCCUCCUGCUUCUGCCCUCCUUGGCUAGUUGAAACAAUUUUCAAGCCAGUCUGGGAUACACUUACCGGAGCAGACCACUUCACUAGACCUGGCCUGUUACAUAUGAAGGGAUAGGUGUAGAAUCCAGAGUUCCUCAAGCGUGGGGAAUCUUGGAACCCUGAGGAUGGUGUUAAGUAACUUUCAGGGCUUGUGGUGGCUAAAGCAGCUAAAAUUUACAUGAACUUGUACUGACAGGCUCCCCAGCUUUCUCUCGCCUUUUCCGCAGCAGUGCAGUUGUCCACUGAGUGCUCCGGAAGCUCUCACAAACUUACCCUAUCGAAUCAUUUCCCGGCUCUGACUUUUCUUUUCCCAUCACAAGAUUGCUAAAACUGAGUUUCAAGGGCCGGAGAGAUGGCUCAGAGGUUAAGAGCACUGGCUGCUCG